CAAAAAUAAAUAAACAUUAAAAAAAUUUAAAGUUAACCUUUUUCUCUUCUCUUGGGCCCAGAUCUAGAUGAGGAAGCAGUCCAGUGGUGAUAGUGAAAACCAGACCACCUGGCUGAUCCUGGUUGGCUUUGGGGAGCUGCAACACCUGGGCUUCCUCCCCUUCACCUUCUUUUUAGCCAUCUAUGUGGUAACAGUUGGGGGCAACGCCCUCAUCGUGCUGGCUGUGGCCUCCAGUCGGACACUCCACACACCCAUGUACUUCUUCCUCUGCCACUUCUCCUUGCUGGAGAUUGGCUACACCUCCAACAUCAUGCCUCAGCUGCUGCAGAGCUUCCUGAAAGGGAGGGAGGCCAUCUCACUGGUCAGCUGUCUGGUCCAGUUCUACAUGUUUGCCUCGCUGGCUGCAGUUGAGUGCCUCCUGCUAUCUGCUAUGUCCUAUGACCGUUACCUGGCCAUCUGCCACCCGCUUCGCUACCCUGUCCUGAUGAGCACAUGGUUGUGUGGCUGCCUGGCUGCUGGAGUCUGGGUCAGUGGAUUUUCUUUCUCUGCCUUCACUCUGGCCCUGGCAGCCCCUCUGACCCUCUGCCCUGGCAACAGGGAGAUCGACCACUACUUCUGUGACUUUGCUCCAGUUGUAGGGCUGUUCUGUGGAGAUGUGGGGGUUAUGUGGGCAGCUGGAGUGAGCAUCUCAGGCUUUCUGACACUGGUCCCCUUCCUGUUGAUCGUGGCAUCCUAUGCCUUCAUCUUAAGGACUGUGCUGCAAAUACCUUCAGGCCAUGGUAGACAGAAAGCUUUCUCCACCUGUUCCUCCCACCUCAGUGUGGUCGGGGUGUAUUAUGGCACUCUCAUUGUGGUCUAUGUAGCCCCAACAGACCACAUGGCCCCCUUGCUCCGAAAGGCCUUCUCUGUCCUCUACACUGUAUUCACCCCUAUGGUCAACCCCAUUAUUUACAGCCUCAAGAACCAAGAGGUAAAGGGGGCCCUUCAUAGGCUCUGGGGACAGCUCAUCCCAAGUGAUACCCCACUGAGGGGGAAUAGGACAGCUAGCGACUUCUUCCUGGAUUCCAGCUUAGCCCCCUACUCAAAGUCUAGAGGACUAGAGACCACAGUGAAAAGAUGAAUACUGAGGGAUUGAAAAUAGAUGUCUGACAAAAUAACAUAACUUCAUUUUUCCAGUUGGGAUGGGAUAGGGAUCAAAAUCUCAUGCCUUAUACAGGGCCAAAAUAUUAUAGACACUCCAUAAAUAUUAGUUGACAAAAACGAACGAAUGAAUGAAUAUGGAAAAGAAUGCAAGAAAGAGCAGAGAACAACACCAAGUGGGGAACAUGUGCAAAUUAUUAAUCUAAGAUGGCAAGACUAAGGUUGGCAGAUAGAAAAAGGAAGGAGUAGGGAGAUGGUAGUGAGGACCACAAUUAACAUCUCCUGACAUGCUUCAAAUGAAAUCUCAGAAACAGACUUGAGCGUAAAGUCUAUGGAGCAGUGAUGUAGGUAGUGAUGGUGCGAGAGCCAGUUCCCCUGCAUCCAGACAAGGCAUCCCCUUGGGAGAGGAGGAGUCAGCCAUUCAUACCUACAGCCCAAGAGGCCAACUGGGCCACUGCUCUGAGAGUUCCCAUUAGUCCUCCUGUUGUUGAUGUCAGACAGGUAGGAAGUAGGGAAAAGGAAAGAGACAAUUAAAUGAAAAAAUAAAAACAUAAAUUAAACUCAACAAGAGAAUUCUGUAGUUUUCCCUCUAUCAGAAAAUCUUUGAAACCUCUUAAAAAUGACACCAAAAAAUUCUAAUUUUUUUAUUUGAAUUGUAUCAACAUGUUUCUCAAGGUAUGGGAUGUGGACCACCUGGUACCAGAAUGAUCUAGAGUAGCUGUUUACAAAUGAAGACUUCUAGACUCUUCAUCAGACCUAGAGAAUCAGAAUCUCUAGAUGCGAGGCCCAGGGAUCUGCAUGUAACAAAUGCCACAGGUGAUUCUCGGUGUAGGGAAAGGGCACGGCUCUCAGGGGUGACAGGAAUAAUAGCAGGAAAACUGACCAAAAAAAAAAAAAAAAAGGAAUAUAGUUCCCAGUUCCUCAUGGAUGUCGAGAGAUGCAACCCUGAGUGAUGGGUACCAGAUAGGGAGAUGUACAGAAUGUACAGGGCCAGCAAGAGGAUCUGGAGGAAACCUGGGAUAGCCAGCCCUGUCUGGGUGGAGUGGAAAUACAGAGCAAGAAAAAACAAAGAGAAAAUGUCCCUGCCUAGAAGGUUGCUUGGGAAGUGGUCAGAACCUAGGCUGUAUAUGAGUAUUUAAAAAUGUCUUGUGAUGUUUAUUCUUUGCAUUAAAGUCAAAAGUGAAAUCUUGUGUUAUAAUGAUGUCUUGGAGGCCAGCACAGAAUACACAGGAUGCACAUCAGGUUCCCCAAACAAAGAACCUAGCAGCUUCCUCAGGAUGCAUGCCUCACGCGCCCAGAGGGGUUCCUUCACCUUCUGUGUGAGAGGCAUUGAGAACAGAGUCAACCUGGGUAUAGACCCAAGUUGGGAAUUGUCAUGGAGGCACGGGGAGGUGUGGCAUAAAGGCCUGCAUAAAGCAUGUGGCUGCCUUUACAAUAUCAUUUCCAGUGUUUUGACAAAGUUCCAAGCCCUUCUCCUCACCUCCCCCACAACCAUCACCUGACAUCCCCUGCCACAAGCAGUCCUGUGCCUACUCCUGAAGCCAGAAAUUCCUAACAUGUCACCAUUUGAAUAACUGGUCAAAUGCACAUAGUACUGCGGUAGAGGAAAGAGGCACGCCUAUCUGUGUUGAUCUGUGCUCUCCCUCAUACGAGCUUCAGCAAAUUACUGCACCUCUUUGAGCCUCAGAUUUCCGAUCCGUGAUAUGAAACCAAUAAUAAAUAAGACAGACACAUACAUACUUCACAGGGUUGUUGUGGCAAUGAAACAAAAUGCAUAUAAUAAAGUCCUCUAUCUCUGUGUUUUACUUGGCCUGUGACACAUUUUAACAAAUAUUAACAUCCUCCCCUCACCCUCCCUUUCCUCAAGGGAAGUCAGGAGACACCCUGUCCCUUUCGGUCACAUCACCGAGGACCAGCCCUUUCCUGGAGUGGAACCUGACUGCAUAGACACAUGAGGCACAGCUGCUCCUUCUCGUUACCUGGCAUUAAAGGGUUGAGAAUUCUGGGAGGACACCAGGUUAUAAGAAAACUGGACCUAAAUAGAAGAGAAACCCCAGAGGAGAGAGAGAAGGAAAGUAGAAAAGAAGAGAAGAGAUGGGAGAGGAAGGAAGACAGGGAACAGGGAAAUGACAAGAUGGGAAGGGGAAGAGGAGAGACAAUGGAAGGGAAAGUAAACAACAACAAGUGGAAGGGGUAAGAAAGGAAAGAAGUAGGAGAAGGAAAGGAGAAAGGAAGGGUUCCAGAAGCCAUUCCCACAUUCCUCCACUUGGACCACACGUUUCUUUUCCUAAUGAAAAGGUAGGGGCACCUGGAUGGCUCAGUCAGUUAAUCAUCAGACCGGAUUUCAGCUCAGGUCUUGAUCUCAGGGUGGUGAGUCCAGUCCCGGUGUUGGACCCUGUGCUGGGCGUGAAGACUGCUUUAAAAAAAAAAAAAAAAAAAAA